GAGCUUCGGCAGAGGUUAAAGCUUGCGGUCAGAGUCUCGGACGAUCAAAAAUCUGCGCGCCACAGAAUCUGUCACCUGAUUCCUCUCCUCCGUCUUCUUGAUAGCAAGCUCACACGAUGCUUCCGGCAAAUGCACUAUCCGUGCUGGCGGUCACAACCAUGUCCUCGGAACAGAUGCACGAUGCCAGCGACCAGACGCGGAGAUUUGGCGCCGAGAAGACUGAGCAGGCGCAGGAGAAUGCUCAGAAUGCUCGAGGACUAGGACUGGCGACGUCCGCCGCCGCGCAGACUGCCGACGAUAAGGCCACAGGGUGCAAGAGCAAGAGCAACGCUGCCGACGACGCCUUGCAGCAGUACAGUCAGUCCACCUCAGAAGCUGAUACGUGCUGGAUCUCGAGAAAACACGUUCGUGAUUUCAAAUGUCCGAACACGAUUCGAAUCGAGUCUCAAAGCUCACCAUCACUGUCAAUCAUGUUCACUUGUCGUUGAUUCAUUUUGUGCUCUCUGCAGACUGCAGAGAUGGAGGAGGAAAAUUUGAACAAUGCUAAGUUUGCUGUAACUAGGAACAAAUAGAUACCACACGGAAAUCGACUGGUUGGUCGUGAUCUCUCCAGCCAGUAUUGGGCGAGAUGGCGUGAUAGGCUAUUGGUUGGAUCACCGUGGGAAGCUCACUAGAGUAGACAAUCAGAAGGAUUUUAUUCUACUCGACAUGCAUAUACUUUUCACAUUGUACAGUUUAGGCACAUUCAGUCAGGUCCAGGCAGAAAUUGAUACCCGAUCGAUGUUUUAGGGGAUAUUACACCUAAUAUCCCCUAAAACAUGGACGGUGUAUAGGAAUAUAUUGUAAUAUCAUUGUAUUCUACCGUGUACGUUUGGCAGGACGCUGAAACUUUAUUCAGUACAGUGUCCCGCAACAACUUGUAUCUACAGCAUAAUUAU